UAUAGUUUGGACCUACCGCAAGUGAAGGGGUGGAACAAAUGUACAUGCACGUGUGCGGCUGGUUAAUAUUGUGUGUGCUGUGUUUUGAGUUGGAAGAUACGGUUUUACUUUUACCUUAAAAAAAAGCAUAGCGUGUGUGCAAAGCUCACUAUUUCUAAAUCAUUUUUUUCUUUACAUUACCUUAACCUUACCACCACCAACAUUGAAACAUAGAUAUACGUUCCUAAGCCCCUACAUACCUGUCCCUUGGCCUCAAGACUCAGAAAAGGUAUCAAGGGUGCUCAUAAAUGGAACGGAGGAAGAAUAAGAGAGCAAGAGAAGAUGAUGGAGUUGAGAUUGAGUCUUCUUUUGAGAAUUAUAACAACAAUAUUGCAAAGAAGGAGAAGAAUGAAGUGGAGGAGAAAGACUGUUCCAAGGCAUGGGAUUACUCCCAUUUGACAAUGGGAGUGUUUGAUUUCCCUUGGAUGAAGGAUGGUGUCAUAUCCAAAUCAUAUGAAUGCUUGGAUUUUGAAGACGAUUCCUGGUCAUCUCUAGAACGCCAAGAGACUUUAUUCAAAGCUUCAGGUAUUGAUUUCUCUGAGGAGUAUGGCUUGUGUGAAACUCCAGAGGCAUCAAUGGCUCAUAUUCAAGAAGCCAAGUUGGUUGAGGAUAUGUGGAAGCCAUUUGAGAGUAACGGGUUGGAGCUGGAGGCGGAAGAUGGAGAUUGUAUUUGGAGCUUUCUGCUCAAUAAGCCUCUUUGACAGAAUUUGGAUUCUUGUAUCCAUAAUUCAAAAAGAUUUUGUAAUUAUAUCGCCCAAGAAUUGAAAUAAACUUAUGGUAGAGCUAUGACAGUUGUUGUAUGAGGUCUACUCAAUGAUGCUAGAUGAAACCACAUAAUGGAUUUGAUGUCAUGUUUGAAUUUGCGCUUUGAUGAUUUGAGAAGAUAUCAGUAAACCGCAAAGCCAAGAGAGCAAUUGGGAAACAAAAUUGGGUAUUAUUCUUUCAUGUUAAUGGUUCAGAGCUACAAUCUUCAUCACAUAUGGAUUUGUCAACUUCAGGUUAAGGGUCUAUAAGUCUAUUGAUUAAUUCUAGUCCCGGACCAAUUUUGUCACUUUUUUUCUUUGGUUGUCCAAAUAAAAUUACAUGGACUUGUAUGCUGAUCAAUUAGAAAAUGUAGUACACAAAUAUGAGACUUGAAUUUAUGCAGCAUUCAGUGUUGACAUGCAUUUAAUA